GAAAGGCUCUUCAGGAGGUCUUGCUUUUCCAGCUGUCAGAUUGUGUCUUGCUCCCUCUUCUUUUGGCUACCAGGACGACAGCAGAUAGGAGAGUUCAAGUUCCACUCUCCAGCUGGGCCGGGAUCUGUCACUUUACUGGAUUGCUCUCUGUAGGAAAUCCUGAGUGCUAAAACAUCUAACAGAACUGAUGCUAGCCCCUGUCACCAUGAAGCUAUUACUUCGUGCCAAGUGUUUUCAGCGUCUAGCGAUUCCUGGUUCUGUGAGAGCGUUGCAUAAAGAUCACAGAACAGGGACCCCUCAGAAUUUUUCCAGCUAUGAAUCUAUGAAACAGGCCUUCAAACUGGAGGUUCCAGAGUAUUUCAACUUUGCUAAAGAUGUUCUAGACGAGUGGACCAAUAUGGAAAAGGCUGGAAAGAGACCUUCCAACCCAGCCUUCUGGUGGAUAAAUGGAACUGGAGAAGAAGUGAGAUGGAGUUUUGAGGAACUUGGAUCUUUGUCCCGGAAACUGGCCAAUGUACUGACAGAAGCCUGUGGUCUGCAAAGGGGGGAUCGCGUAAUUGUGAUUCUGCCCAGGGUCCCAGAGUGGUGGCUGGCAAAUGUCGCCUGCCUGCGAACAGGGACGGUUUUCAUUCCCGGGACCACCCAGCUGACCCAGAAGGACAUUCUCUACAGACUGCGGUCCUCACAAGCCAAGUGCGUCAUCACCGACCAGUCUGUUGCCCCAGGGGUGGAUGCGGUGGCUUCUCAGUGUGAAAACCUGCACGCCAAGCUCCUUGUAUCUCCGCACCCCAGAGAGGGCUGGGGAGACCUCAAGGAGCUGAUGAAACACGCCUGUGACAGCCACACCUGUGUGAAGACGAAACACAAUGAGACGAUGGCCAUUUACUUUACCAGCGGGACUAGCGGAGCUCCUAAAAUGACUGGACACACCCACAGCAGUUUCGGUUUAGGUUUAUCUAUAAACGGAAGGUUCUGGCUGGAUUUGACCCCUUCGGACGUGAUGUGGAAUACGUCGGACACAGGCUGGGCCAAAUCCGCGUGGAGCAGUGUGUUUGCUCCAUGGACCCAGGGAGCAUGUGUCUUUGCACAUUACUUGCCGCGGUUUGAGCCCACUACCAUCUUGCAAACUCUCUCCAAGUUUCCCAUCACCGUUUUCUGUUCAGCGCCCACUGCAUACCGGAUGCUUGUACAGAACGAGCUGUUGAGCUAUAAGUUCAAAUGCUUAAAGCAUUGCGUGAGUGCCGGGGAACCAAUCAACCCUGAGGUGACUGAACAGUGGCGAAAAGGGACAGGUCUGGAUAUCUACGAAGGAUACGGACAGACUGAAACGGUGCUAAUCUGUGGAAAUUUUAAAGGAAUGAAAAUUAAGCCUGGCUCUAUGGGAAAGCCUUCUCCUGCUUUUGAUGUUAAGAUUUUAGAUGGCAGUGGCAAUGUUUUACCUCCUGGACAAGAAGGGGACAUCGGCCUUCGCGUUCUACCCGACCGACCCUUAGGCCUUUUCACUCACUAUGUAGACAAUCCUACAAAAACAGCUUCCACUCUACGAGGCAAUUUCUACCUGACGGGGGACAGAGGCUACAGGGAUGAAGAUGGAUAUUUCUGGUUUGUGGCGAGAUCAGACGAUAUCAUAUUAUCCUCUGGUUACCGAAUUGGACCGUUUGAGGUAGAAAGUGCCCUGAUUGAGCACCCUGCGGUGGCCGAGUCCGCUGUUGUCAGCAGCCCAGACGCCAUCAGAGGAGAGGUAGUAAAGGCUUUUAUUGUUCUGAACCCUGAUUACAAGUUACAUGACCAAGAACGCCUAAAAAAUGAGAUUCAGGAGCACGUAAAAAAAACUACAGCACCUUACAAAUAUCCCAGAAAGGUAGGUAUUCUAAUCAUGAUGAGCAUUUGCUUAGUGUUCUGGAAAAUUUCAGCUGUUUAUUUUUUCCAUUUGAAUGAACAGUCUCCUCAAACAUGCUACACCAAAUGUUCCAAAUGGAACAUGGAUGAUGAAAUUCCUGAUCUAAUUUGUUGGGCCAUUUGGCUCACCAGACUUGGAGUAAAUCCUAAAUGUCAAGAAAAAAUCUCCACAGUGCCCCUCUCCUUUUUGGUUCUUACCGAAAAUCUACCCCAAUGUGUGUCCUAAUUCUUGACCUGGAGUUACAACAGAAAUGCUACA